UUGCUAAAGUUCCCUAAUAUUAUUCCCAGGACGUCUCCUUCCUCUCUCUAGAUCUGUUCGUCGUUUACGUUUUCCGCACAUUUGGCUGUUCAAGUUGUCGUGCCAUUAACAAAAGAAAUCUGCAAAUAUCGGUGGGAAAUUUCAAACUUCCGUAGAAAGUGUCCUAUUUGAACCCGUCAUUUUGGUCGAAACAACAAAUUUGAAGGGGCGUAAAAGAUGCAAGGUGUAGGAGUAGUGCACACGAUGCAAAACGGUAAAUGGAACACGAAUUUAUGAAUUGAAGAUCUUCGGGGCUCCGUGAGGAACAUAACGUCAGUCCUCCGAAAGAUGACAUCGCUUUCAUUCUGGUUGAGUCUUCUCUUGCAAAAUUCGCAGCCAACAGUAUCAAAUAUAAUCGAUAUCUUAUCAUGGCAGAUGGCCUCGAGAAAAUGUUGGGAUUUUGACCAUCAUGUAAAAAACAUAUUUGGAUAAUUAUAGAAAUUACUAGAACGGCCAAAAUCCCUCACUUGUCUAUUAAUUCUUGUGACGCGCUUUCUUGACAUUUAAGAAUCGGUAUCUAAGGAUAUACAAUCAUGACACUAGAUGAGCUUGGAAUUAGAAUGGUAAACAAAGCAACUAAGAUGCCGAGUCAUACUAUCAUUAUCUAGAGGCCAGGUGGAAUUAAAAUGUGAGCUUGAAUGAAAGUCAUUAACAUCAGGGAUGAAAGAACUUGAAUGACACAUUAAUAAACUGGUUUUUAAUGUCACCAAAUUUAAGUGUUGUCACCGACUAAAGACCUUAAUUUGAAUUCUUACUCUAAAUAAUUAUGCUACAUUUUAUCCCGAUUAAAGUAAAACCUUGCAAGUGUUUUUGUCUUUUUUUGUCAAUACACAAUUACUCUGUAUUUUCUUGUUUGCUGAAGGUAUCAAUUGAAGUCCAUUAAUAAAUGUACAUGAAAACAUUUCAGGACAGGAAUGUUUCGUGCAUCUUUCAUUCUGCCAUCGCUACCGUGCUGGACACUUUCCAUUAUUGUGCCAAUUAGCAAACUCUUCUCGACUAUUUUCAAAUGUGUUAAAUACAAGAAACGUGACUUUCUGUAAUUAGCUUCAUCAAUAUUGGUUAAGCAUGCGGCCCUCUAGUUUAUUGAAUAGCAAAGGUAUGAAAAUGGUGAAUAACUGAUUAAAACACGACAUGAUGAAGAAGUGGUUGAAAAGUUUAAGUAUUGGUAAUUCUUUGCUUAUUUUUUCUUUUUCCAGAAAAAAACACCAUAUCGGAAUAAAAUUAUAAGGUUUCUACACUAGAAAGUGAUCUUGCUCGAGGAAUUACAGCGACCACCUGAAAUAGUGGCCUGCGAGUUAAUGUGUCUGCUAAUAAAUAAUUUACAAUCCCUUUCAAAAUUGUUUGCUUCAGUUGUGAAUUAAAAACUACUUUAUGAUAAUGGCAGAAAGAAGACAGUUCUUAUUUCUUUUUAUGGUGAUGUUUCAUCUAUUCCAUUCGGUGCAAGGGGAAUUUCGCGACUGUCACAAUCCACUUGGCAUGGAAAAUGGCGACAUUCCUGAUAGUAGCAUAUUUGCCACUGUGACUGGCUACGAGGAGGAUCUGACAUUGUUCGGAGCUCAUCGCGCAAGACUGAAUUCGUCGUCGGGAUAUCGCACCGAUCCGAAAGCCCUUAGCCACGCACGUAACCAGUCACGUUCCCCUUUCCUUUCGGUCAGUCUUCCGAAAGAAAUGGUCGUAACUGGCAUCGCUACCCAAGGCCUAGGACAAGAGUGGAUCACCAAGUAUAGAAUGUUCGCUGCUGAUGAUGCUGGAAAUUAUAAAUCUAUUGAGGAAUUUGGUGGUAAUAUUGAUGGCCACACUAUUAAGUUCAAUACAGUUCCAUUACCGGUAAAAACCUCUCAAGUCGUACUGAUCCCCACAGAUUGGCAUGAUAAUAUCGCUUUAAGGUUUGAGUUAUACGGCUGUGAACCAGUUAAUUAUUUCAACGUUUGGCUGAAGGUACGGAAUACAAACUUUCUGCUUAGCUACAUGAAUCCCAAUGAUGAAGAAACCAGAGAAAUCAAGGGCUUGGUUUUAAAUCAGGUUACAGAGUACCUGAAGGAUGUUCCAGGCUUCCUGUCUGUUAAACUUCACAAGUUCAGUCCCCCUUUAUACAUAAACGACCUCCAAAAAGAUCAAGUGAGCGUGACAGCCGAGUUGGAGAUCUAUUGCAUAGCAUCAUCCACUCAGGACAUUUUGAAGCAAUUUCGGAUCUCGUUGACCAGACAGGGAGACAAACCUGUAUUUGGAACUACUAUUCUGAAAAUUCAGCAUCCAGUUAGUGGAAAAUGUCGACCCCCAGCCGUCCAGGUCUCUCUCGGCAAAGAUCCAUUUAAUCCUCGGCUGGUAACAUUCGACACAAAAAAACCCAGAAGCAAAUACACUGUGACUGCAAGCUUAGAUCCGGACUGCAACAUCACUGCAAUGAUAGCGUACAGCUGGGAGAUCGCAGCCGUUGACAGAGAAUCGGGAAUUUUCAAUCUGAUAUAUCAAUUUGGUAAAACCCAAAAAGGGAAAAAGAGGCUACGUUUAUGGAAACAGCAUAUCCGACCGCCUGGAUUACAGUAUAUUAGAUGCAUCGCAAGGAAUGCUGACGAAACAGGUGUAUAUUCGUUCACCUACGACUUCGGCUUCUUUGAACUAGUGCCAAUGGAGGCAUUAAACUGUACAGUAACACCGACACAAAGAAAGCCCACUUUGGAUAAAUUUACUGUACGUUGCAUAGGUGGAUACAAAGACAUUGAAGCAAUUGGCUAUUCUGCCACGCUGGCUUCGACUAGCAAGCCUUUUGGCUCAAUUACAAACCACUGUUCGGGAAAGGAACCGGAGGCCGGACUCGAAAGACAGGCGGAAAUCGACCCUACCAAGCCUCUGGUUCUUUCAAAUUGGAGUACUCCGACCGGAACGAUAACUCUACCUGCUGGCAAUCCAAAGGAAGAUUAUAGUGUUCGGGUAAAGAUGGAAGCUAAGUAUUUGUCGAUGCCUUCACUCUUUCAUGAUGUUGUUGUAAAGGUUAACAUUCUUAUGAAAGAAGUCACAAUUAUUAAAAAUCUACUAGCAUCCGACCAGCACGAAGAGGCUGCAUGCAACCUGAAGAUUCUCCAAAUCAUAUUGGACCAGACAGAACGUAACACCACAGUUAGAAGAAAGACUAAACAGGACAUAAUACGAAGCAUAAUGCAUAUGAAGAUUAAAACCGUCCAGCAGUUGAACCAAAUGGCAGUCUUUGUUAUAUACAGUAACAAAAUCAAAGCAGAAACCACGAAGGAAAUCCAGGAAAAUUCUCUUGACAUUCUUAAGAUGGCCGUAAACUUUGUGAAUGAACAGAGCGCCAGAAACGUCUCCAACAUCGACAACACAACGAAGAACCUAGUACAGGGUGCUGCACUGAUUCUUUCUUCUGCCUCACAGGAUAAAAAUGAAAAAAUAACAAGAAAGGCAAAGAAAUCGAUAUACAACAUAAGUGAUAUGAGACGCAGGUUUAUGAGUUCUGCUCCAGGAGAAAAUGAAGUCCAAUUGUACUCCAGUGGCGUUUCCGUUUUACUGGCGAAAAGGAAGAUCCAGAGUUUCAAUGAUAAAGUGCUUCGCAUAAAGAGAGAUGAAGUGCGCCUUGCCAAGGACUUAUUUGCUGGAAAAUGGAGUGAUAACCUCCAAUCUGGAUCAGUGCAGAUCAUUAGAUUCGAUCGCAAUCCUCUUUUCUCAAGCCAGGGAAUCAUCUCGAGAAAUAUAUCAGCUAUUGACAUCACAUUUUGGCACAACAACAACACCAAGAUGAAGAUUUCUAAUCUAAGCAAACCAAUAAGAAUUCUGUUCUCUAGAGACCCUGACGAAACUAGGGACCAAGGUGCAUCUGAUGGAAUUCUGUUUCUCAAAAGAAAAGAAAUGCGUUAUCACAACGUCUCUAUUCCUUCUUACGAAGCGGUAGUAACUGUGCGAAUUAAGCCUGAGAAGGACAUUUCACUGCGCGUCUACGUCGGGCACUACUCAAGACCAACGCCUCAACACCAUGACUUGAACGUGACUCUGCCAAACACCACCCGUUUGACGUGUUCAAAUUUUUCCAGGGAAUGGAAUGACAGAUGUUCGCCUCGUGACCCAUAUGAAUUUGAUCUUCUACCCAAUGUCACAGGUCAUAUUGGACGCCAUGUUAUUGGAGUCGAAAUUCUUGAGGAUUCCGUUGAAAUCCCCGAGGUGUCUGCAGGAAUAGCAGGCAAUGAUGCAGAGGCUUUAAGAAGACAGACACAGUAUUGCGUUAAGGUGAAACCAGCUCCAACUCCUCUCCCGGUGAAAAAGAACGUGCCUCGCCAAUUCGAUUCUAAAACGGACGUUAGGUACACAUUGUUUGUUACGGUGGGGACCUGCGUAUUCUGGGACAAACUGAACAAAAAAUGGUCAGCACGAGGAAUCCAGGUUGCUACUGAAAGUAACGAGACGAGGGUCCACUGUCUAACCAAUCAUCUAUCAACAUUUUCUGGCGAUUUCUAUGUGGUUCCCAACAAGAUCGACUUCUCCAAGGUCAUAGCAGAAAUACAGCACCUACCACCCGAAAACUUGGUCGUCCUCUCCACAAUUUGCCUAAUAUUUGUGGUUUACGCUGUUGGUCUUGUGUUUGCUAGAAGGGCAGACAACAGAGACAAAAUGAAGGUUGUGAACACCAAGGUGAGUUAUCAGAAAGGAGAACAUUCCUGUGCUUACAACUAUGAAAUAUCUAUCCAAACCGGAAUGUGGCAUGAUAAUGGCACCACUGCUAGCGUCAGUGUAAUACUUUUCGGUGAAGACGAAAUUAGUGAUACAAUAUUAUUCAUGGACCCCUGGAAGGAAAGGAAACUUUUCACCCGUGGCAGUGUAAACACUUUCAGCUUCGACCUUCCACGUCGACUUGGACAGGUAUACAAGGUAAAGAUUUGGCACGACAACGGUGGUAAAAGUCCAUCGUGGUUUUUGUACGAAGUUGUGGUUAAAGACGUCUCUACCGACGAAAAAUGGCAUUUCGUGGCCAACAGAUGGCUUGCUGUAGAGAGCGCUGAUGGUGCGAUCGAUGUUGAGAUCCAAGCAGCCUCGAAAAGAGAGCUGACGAGAUUCAGCAAUUUGUUUCAGUGGCGGGCCGUCACUAACUUUGCAGAUAAACAUCUGUUUCUCUCAAUCUUUGCCAGGCCGCCACAGAACCCAUUUACACGUUGCCAGCGGCUAACCUGUAUGCUGUCAAUCAUACUGGUUUCUCUAGUAACCAACGCCAUGUUUUACCAGUUUAAAAAGACAGAAGACCCAAGCUCCUUUCAACUAGGACCACUAGAACUGAGCUUGACACAAAUCAUAAUCGGUGUUCAGAGCGGACUCAUUGCGCUACCUGUCAACAUAGUUACAGUGAUGAUAUUUAGGAACGUCAAGAGAAACAUAUCCCCAGAUAGCUCUAAAGAGAUGGAGACCUCCACUACAGGAAGAAAAAACACCCAGGGCUUCUUACCUCGCUGGUUUAUUGUCGUUGGAUGGUUCCUCUGUUUGACAGCUUCAGUUUCGUCGGCAGUGUUUGCGGUUUUGUACAGUUUCGAAUGGGGAGCGGAAAUAGCGAAUCGCUGGUUCUUGUCAGUCGGCGUCUCUUUGCUUCAAGAAAUAUUGCUUACAGGACCGAUCAUUAUUCUUUUCAACACUUCAAUCUUAUCGUUGAUAAACAGAAAACCAGCUGCAAACAAUGACAUCGAAAACACGGCACAGCAAGCAAACUUAGUGCACAUGUUUCAAGAAGAUUAUGGGCAAGUGAUCGGCCAAAAGCCUUCUACAGAAACGCUACUGAGAGCAAGAGGUUUAAAACUACAACAGAGAAAAAUGCGGCGCUUCUUCGUAGAUUUAAUGCUCUACGUAGCCUUUGUUGUCCUACUGAUGACGGUAUGUUACGCAAACCGUAAACCAUCCACUUAUAGGCAGACAAAAUCACUCAAGGAUACAUUCAGAGGAUUUUCCCAGGUAAAAGAUGCCAAAUCGUUUUGGGCCUGGUUUGAGGAAGAACUAGUUCAUGGUCUUUACGACAAAGGGCAGUCAGCCGACGGAAACGAGACCGGGAUGAUAACUAGCAAAAUUGGUUUCAUAGUCGGCCUGCCAAGGAUUCGGCAAAUGCGUAUCAGGCAAGAAUCCACGUGUGAGGUAAUUCAAGUGGAACCCGUGUUACAUACCCACUUCAACCAAUGUCUUCCCGCGUUUUCCUCUUCAAACAAAGACACAACGCCAUAUUAUCAACCCGGUUGGAAGCCAAUAAAAACCUUAGCUGAGGUUCCAUAUCACUUUCAAGAUUCUUGCCCAGAACCGUGGCACUAUGAAGAGCCAGUGAGCGUUAGCGAAGUUUUUCUUCCAUAUGGUGGCGGCGGCUACAUUGCUAAGCUUGGCUACGACCCCUCCACUGCUUUAAGGGUCAAGCAAAGUAUUGAAAAGAACGGCUGGAUAGACGGGAAGUCAGCUGUGGUUAUAGUCGAAUUUGUAGUUUUAGAGCCCGCCAAUUUGUUGCUUAGCAACGUCAUGCUCAUGUUGGAGAAGUAUGAUAGUGGUAUGAGAAAGACAAGUAUUAAUGUUAUUCCUGAGCUCCUAUUUCCCACGUCUGGCUCCGCUGUUCAGACAUUCUAUCGCGUCUGCAUUCUCCUGUGGCUUAUUAUCAUCUUGGUGUUACUGGUUAUAGAGAUUGUUAGAUGUUUCAAGCGGGGUCGUGCAUAUUUCAAGAGCUUCUUCAGCUGGGUUACCAUGCUACAAAUUUUGUCGUCUUCCUGCGCUGUGCUUAUAGUCUUCGUGAAGGAGAAUAGCCUGAAAGUUUUCUUACAACGAAUACGUGAUAAUCCAUUCGGUGAUUGGAUUGCAUACCAAUUUUUCGCGUGGUCAAGUUUCCAAGAAGUUAUUUUGUCCAUCACAGUUGUGACAACAACCAUCAAUUGUCUCAAACUCAUACAGAUUAAUCGUCAUGUACACGUUAUGAAAUGGACCCUACAGUCAGCUUGUCGUUACCUGUGCUCAUUCGCUAUUGUUAUUAUGAUGCUUGUUCUUGCAUUUGCCCAGCUCGGGACGCUUCUGUUUGGUGCAGAAGAUGGGGAAUAUGCAACGUUUUAUUACUCUCUCCGCACGGUACUUAAAAUGGGUAUUGGAAUCGGUAAGAUACAGUUUUCAAAGAUGAAUGGAAGUGUUGAAUCCGAAGUGUUUGCCCCCAUUUUUCUGAUGGCAUGCAUGUUAAGCAUGACUAUCAUCUUUGCAAACACUUUUAUUGCAAUUUUGGAUGACGCGUUCCAUGAGGCCAGCGGCAGAGAGUAUCCAGGGGAUGAGCUUGGUGCCUACAUGAAAAGCUAUUUGGUAAACCGUGUCAGGAGAGCAAGCACUAUGCCUGUCAACAGAGCUUUCAGAAAAUCUACGUUUCGAAAAACCAUUCGCAGAAAAUACACACCGCAACCUCCAAAACGUGAAUUACAGCAAACAAUGGAAGAUCAUGCUGCUCCACAAGAAGAAAGAGCCAAGCUAGCAGAAACUGAAAGUCUUUUGAGCUACGAAAGUCUAUGCCCUCAAACAGAUUUUGAAAGAAUACCUUGCAUCCAGAUAAAUCCAGCAAGUCCUACCAAUAGGAGAAAUGAAAACAAAAAAAUUAAAGUUUUGAACACCAGCUGUGCACAAGCAAAGAUGAACGCCUGUUUUAAGCCUCCGCUAACCGAUGAGGAACCACUCUCCGAUAUCGCGAAGAUCAUGAAAACCGUUCGGUCGGAUUUCACAAGAUGUUUGUGGGAAGGUGAAGAGUGGUACAAUUCUCGCUCCUCUUUCUCGUCAUUUGACGACAGUUUUGCAGGCCUGGAUAAGUCCGCGUCCAUUCUUUCUUUGAUUCAAACUUGUCAAGAGGACGCUCCCCACAUUCAGACGUGGAGCUACGUUCGUGGCAUGGAGAGGGUUCAAGGAGGGUCUAUUCGUCGAACGCUGAGGAGCCAUACCCAGAGUUACACUAAGGUUUUGGCAGAGAAUUACGUAUGAUUAAUCCGUAACG